UUUCAGUAUGGGAAGCUGCAAGAGGUUACCGCUUGGCACAAUCGCCACACUUUUGCUUUUCAUUCAAAUCAGUUUUUAUCAAUGCGACGGAAAAACGGCUGAAGAAUGGAAAGGAAGGAUAAUAUAUCAGGUGAGGGUUAGAGAAAAUUAACAGACUUAUUUAAAAUCAGAUUGAAACCGAACAAGGUCGGCUUGAAAAUUCUUCGAAGUCAUGUUGCAACCUGCCUACAUUUUAUGAUUGCUAAUUUUUUUUCCGAUACCAUACUUAAAAUUUUCCUUUUACUGAAAGAUUUUUCGUUUAAUGAUUCCUCCAUUAAUCAGAAAAAUGAAUAUACUUUAAAUAGCUAAGGGCUAUUGCACUGUUGUAAAAUGUUUCUUGAGGUAUUUAGGUAAUUUUUAGUCACGAAUCACGGUGUUCAGAACCCCACACACCCCCCCAUCCUAUAGAAGCAUUUUUAGAUAUGCGUGAGGCGGGUCACGAGGCAAGCGUUACGUAGCAAAAAUAAAUUAAAUACAGACUGGAGGGGCGGGGAGGAGGGGGAGGGAGCGGCAGAAUAUAAACCCUGCUUUUCUUCCUAUGUCCUCUCUGCUAGCAAUUUGUUUACCCCACUCUGCCCCAAAAUCGUGCGAUUCCAUUAGCUUAGCUUAUUCCGCAUAAGUAAGGGUCAACGUAAAAAAUGACCAAAAGUCUGGUCAAUGUCUCCCUUUUCUCGCCAGCAGACUUUCAUACUAACCUAUUUCGCCCUCCUACUUUAAGAGAAGACACCUGAUAGCAAGUCAAGGGACACCUGAUGUGCAGGCUAGCAUGACAACAACCCACUGUUUAAUAUCGGGAAGAGAAGAGAGGUGUCAACUUAAUGACAAAAAGCAUAGUCAUAAAUACACAGCUGAUUCCCAUCUUAACCCUUUAACUCCAAAGAUCUGAUUAUUGAUUCUCCCAUCUAGCUGCCACACAUUUCCUUGUAAAUAAGUUACGAGAAUUUAGAGUUAGAUCAAGAUAACUACUUCUUCCUGGUGCAUUCGAGUAUUCUCAUGACCUAUUUUGGCAGAUAAUGUAUGAAUGAAAUAUAUGUAUAUACUCCAAAUUAUCGCAACUGAUUUACAAGGAGAUAUGCAGCAGCUAGAGGGGAGAAUCGGCAAGUUGAUGUAUUAUGUUAUGCAAUGUUUCCUUCGCAGCCGCUCUUUGGGAUGUCACGCAAUUCAUUUAGAGUAAGCUUUGCGUGACAUCCUGAGGAUAAGAAUGUGCCUCUUCUAAUAUCAUCUCUCAAUCACUGGACUUUGCUUUCUUGUUCUCCAGCUCCUGACGGAUCGGUUUGCCCCCUCUGGAGAUUUACCGUCCAGAAAAUGUGAUGAUUUAAAGAACUAUUGCGGUGGCACGUUCAAAGGGAUUGAAAAACACCUGGACUACAUAACAGGCCUGGGCGUUAAUGCUGUAUGGAUCUCACCCAUUGUGCAAAAUACCGAUAGAGGUUACCAUGGUUACUGGGCUCAGAACAUAUUUGAAAUAAAUCCGCACUUUGGAAGCCGGGAUGAUCUGAAAUCCUUAGUAGCAGCCUGUCACGAGAGGGGAGUCUGGGUAAUGCUUGACCUUGUGGCCAACCACAUGGGGUACCCACCCGGUACUGGAUUUAAUAACCUUAUUCCUUUUAAUGAAUCAAGACAUUACCAUCCCCAACAUUCUUACAUAAAAUGGCCUCAAGAAUGUAAAGACCAAUGGAAGAUCGAGAACUACUGGCUUGCAGGCCUACCUGAUCUUGACCAAAGCAAUCAAUUUGUAGCCACAACGCUCUUGAAAUGGAUCCAAGGUCUGACUGACGAGUUUGGCUUUGACGGUUAUCGCCUGGACACUACCAUACAGGUUCCAAAGACAUUCUGGGCAGAGUUUCGUAAAGCUGGAGGAGCGUUUAUGAUCGGGGAGGCAAACAAUGGUCCCCCACCCUGUGGAUCAAUGGAAUAUGUAGCGGAAUACCAGGGGUAUAUUGACUCUGUGCUAGCUUAUCCAAUGUACUGGACCCUGCGGAAGAUCUUUCAGGAAAAAUCAAAGGAUUUUACUGCACUUAGUGCUGCCGUAAAGAGUUCCUACACAAUUUAUAAGGACAGGUAAAUCUUUCUGUAUUUCAAGAUGUGUGAAUCAAUAUCUCUAUCUUAGCCACUGCGUAUCUAUCCCUCCCCUAAUCCAAAAAAAGUCACCUGAUAACAAAUACAGGUUAACGUUGGGCUAGGGGAGGGGUAGGUGCACAGUUACUCAGAUAUUAGCAUAUUAGCGUAUGUCUCGUACGAGUGGAAUGGUCUCGCAACUGAAAAAGAUACAAUUAGAACUCAAAAUUGGACAGGACAUAACAGUUGUUUUGCUUUUAACUAGAUCAGUCUUUGGAGGCUUUCUGGAUAACCACGACAAUCAAAGAUUCUUGAAUCUUAACCCAAGCCACACAUCACUGAAGAACGCUCUUGCAUUUUUGAUGAUGGGAGACUGGAUCCCAAUUGUGUACUACGGGACCGAACAGGGAUUUAACGGCGGCUCCGACCCAAAUAACCGUGAAUCUCUUUGGCCCUCUUUGUCCACCGCAAACCCAUUGUAUAAGUUUAUUCAGACACUCGCGAAGUUCAGAAGAUCUCUUGGAAAUGAAUGGAUACAAGACAAACAGGUAACGCACAUGAUGAAGAACCGAUGUUCAUAUCUUGAAGUACUUCCUACUUGCCAUCUUGAACGCUUUUGUUUAUAUUGCAUGCGCAGUUGAGGUUUGCCGGCCCACAGUCACGGAUCGCGGGCGUCGGUCUUCGUUUAGUGGAUGUAUUGAAGAGAAUGCCUCUCUGAUUCUAAAAAUGUUUCCAUUUUAUACUCGACUGGUUGGCUUUUAAUGUAUCAGAGACAUAGACCCACUGGAGAAAGAUUGAACCCCUUGUUAAGAGUUUCGCAUCUUAGACCUAUUGACUAGCUCUUUCACAAAGCAAUUUCGCCUUUGAACGCAUUCCUUAACUUGUGUUCAUGUGUUUUUGUUUACCUUACCAGGUGGAGAGGCACGUCCAGGCUGAUGCUUAUGCCUUCUCUAAAGGAGGCAUACUGGUUGUCAUAACCAAUCUGGAUACAUCCAUCAAUAUUUCGGUCAGGGAUACCCCAUACCAACCGGGGAAUACUCUGGGGAAUGUUUUGAAUUCUUCAGGAACUCUAACCGUUUCUUCAGAUGGUUCUCUACCAGUAACAUUAAACUCGGGUCAGCCCCUUGUUCUUUUCAAGAAAUAAAUGAUUGGGUAACGAGGGCUGAAGGAUCUUGAUAUUCAUGGGAGGCAUGAACUGUUCCUAGUAAUUUCCCUUCGUCAAAAUUUUAGUUACUAUAUUUCCGUUCAGUCAAAAUAAUCAAGCUUUUUUUCAUUUUUUUUUUUUUUCGAUUAGCCAUGGUCAUUAAAAUUUGGGGUUCAUCUGGUGAUAAGAAAUUCAAGCUUGAAUUUGACAAGCUGCAAAUGAGAUUCAAAGUUUAUUGGACAAAAUUUAUUUUAUUCUUUUCCAGACCACUCAAUAUUGUUAUAGAGACAAAUUUCAGUCUCUUUCGAUGGAAAAAAAUUAAGGAUUUUCACUGAUGCCUUUUUUCUUCCAAUCCUUUGAUUCUUGGGAUAACGCUUUUCAUAAUCACAUCACCGAUAGACAAGCGACAUAGCAGGGAAAUAUUGGCCAGAAUACAAAAUUGACACGUGGAAGCUUAAAAUAAUUAAUAUCUGUUAAGUUUUUAAGCAAUAGAGACCAUCAUCUUGCUUUUGGUUUACCAGUGUAAUAAGGCACGAAAGAUGGUCGGUCAAAAUGCUGAUAAUCGAUAGCGUCAGCGGCCUGUUGAUUAAAAAUAGUUGAGGUUUCUCUUGUUUUAAUUGUGAUUUUUUGACCAAUCAGAGCACGUGUAGUGUCUUGCUUAUUUCAGCAUCUAAUAGGAAUUAAUGCAUAACGCAGGUUUAAUAACUUAAUUCUUUUUUCAGGAAUAAUAGGGAGCCGACGUUUUCGAACGUGUCAUGAAAGCAUGCUGAGCAGGGAAACUUAGGCCAUGUGCGACAGUAAGUCGGUUUAUUUGAAUGAAGGUGCGUUAGACAACAGGUCACCAGCCAUCGCUUAAUUGAAAAACAACUAUUUCCAGGGUCCAAAAACUUGGCCCACGAGGUAGCGAGCCUUUCAAUGGACUUUGCCAGCUCCCGGGGCUUUUCCUUUUAGUCAAAAGGCAAAGUCCUGGGGAGAAAUUUAUUUUUGAGCUAUGAUCUGCUAUCAUUGAUCGUUAUAUCAGAAACUUGCAGUGUAUGUCGCUAUUUCUCAUCGAUUGAUAUGCAGUUCUACUCCCUUCCUGAUCUUAAGAACGGAUUUCUUAAGCCAAACCAUUUUUUAAC